AUAGCCCUUACCUGUUGCUAAAUUUCAAAAUGGCGAAAUCAAGAGGCGACUGGCUACUCGUAGCAGGGCUAGUUUUUUCGGGAUUUGCCCUUCUUUUUCUUGUGAUUGGUUUUGCGACACCACAUUGGUUGGAACUGGACACUAAGUUUAUAACAAACAGUGGGUUUGAAAAGCUUGGAUUGUGGGAAGCGUGCUUUAACAACUGGGCAUAUUACAGAGACUAUACAGGCAAAACAUACAACGGUUGUUGGUGGAUAUUCUCCUACGAAUAUCGUCCAAUAUGGAGUUAUAUCAACCCUCCAUGGUUCCUUGGGAUCCAAGUAAUGAUGACUCUGGCUUUACUAGCAGAGAUUUCAGUGGUAUUACUGGCAACUUUGUUCCUGAUAGGAUGUUGUCCAGGGAGAAAUAGUGUCUGUGGACUGUUUAUUCUUGGCGGUAUAGGAUUAUGUUCAGGUAUUUUGACAGCCAUAUGUACCGUUAUAUUUGGAGCCAAGUCGGUUGUGGACAGACAGUGGAUAGAGAAUCCAGAUAAAAACUUCCUGUCCUGGUCAUUUGGAUGUGUUGUAUUUUCUGGUUUCCUGAUCUUGUUCGGUGGAAUGUGUAUCAUUGUAUCUGCUCUACAGGUGCGAUUAGCAAACCAGUACAGUCACAGGUCCAAGCCAUACGCAGGAUAUGAAGCUCGACAUGAACCUCCUUAUUACUCAUAAGAGGUCAAAGGUCAAACUUCAGACUUCAAUUUAUGUACAUCUUUUUUAUUUUGAAAAAAAAUGUAUUUUAUGUACAGGUGUCAUUCUUGAUCUGAUUGAUCUUCAAAGAUUCAUUUACAUUGGUUGUAGUAGACCCUUUAAUGAUUUUUAUACAUAUACAUUUUGUACAUGUACUUAAAAGGUUUUUUAAAUGAAUUUUAGAGAUUUUUUUUAGGCAAAUUGACAUGAGUUCUUUUGAUGUAUUUUAAGAAAGAUUUGUAGUACAAACAAAGCUUUGAAAUAUCGAGAAUAUAUAAAGAUAAAAAAAAAUGCUUGAUGCAAAAUGCAUUAAAUAAUUGACUGCCUAAAAAAAUUGUCCUUUAAACAAGAUUCCAUCUUCAUACAUGUAUAUAAACACUUGCUCUGUAUUUGGAUAAAAUACAUAGAUGAUAUACUAUUUCUAUAGCAUCCUAAGUUUUCAAAAAACCUGCAAACAAAUUUUAUAUAAGCAUUCUUUUGAAACCUUUCCCACUAUUUUUUUAAUUUGUAUAUACAUAUCAAAUGAAAAAAAUCAGGAAAUAUGUGUAAAUACAUUCCAAUUUUUUUUUAUAUCUAAAUUUUUUAAUAAUUAUUUUGUGUAAUAUAUUUGUAAAUACAUAAGCCUCUCGAGACAGAGUCUCAACUGUCAUGACUGUACAUAUUCAUCUUAAUAAGCAAGAUUAUUAUAUAUUUCUAGAUUGUGUGAUGUAUCAUAAUAUCAUGUGCCAUUGUUCUAUCUUUUUACCAUGUUGAAAUAUGUAUUUUAUUUUAAGGUACUAGUACUAAUUUAAAUUUGAUGAGUUGUGUGAAACAUACCAUAUUUACUUUAAAAAAAAUUAUGAGUCCCAGCAUGUAAAAAUGCGAAUUUAGAAAACAUUAGUGAGUCUCGUACGAAAAGGAAGAUUUUUGCUCUCAUCAAGAUAAAAUGCUGCUUAAGAAUCCCUAUUUUAAAAUAUAUUUGUUUAUUUCUCCUGUAUAUGACUGAAUUUUUGAUUUUUAAAAAUAAAAUCUCUUAAAAACUUCAAAAUAAAAUACUAUAAAAUAUUUCUCAAUUAGAGAUACCAUGUUUCAUUGUUUAUAGAAACGGUACUGCAAUGGAAUGUACAAACUCAUUUAGCUAAUGUUAUUACCAGACUUGACUGUAUAAAGUAAACAAUACUACAAAGAAUAAUAUUACUUCAAAUAUGUUAAAACUUUGUACUUUGUAGUCAGGGAUAGAAUUUUGAUAUAUCGGUACUCUGAAUAUUAUACAUGUAUCUCUCAUAGUAAGUGCAUCUGUUAUGUCAAUUUGACAAAGAAUUCAAAUCACCAGUCAUCAUUCUAUUCUUUUAAAGGGAAGCUACUGUACACAAAUUGAGAUUCAGACAAAAAUCAAUCUUUCUGUUAUUCAGGGUGGUUGCUGAUGAUUUUACAUUAAAUAUUAGUUGUAAA